UGUUAUGCUUUUCAAAUAUAAUUGAUAAUAAUUAAAGAUUGCAACAAUAGGUUACAAAAAAGAAUGUUUUCCCGAAACUUAAGAAAUAUCUGCCGAAGAUAUUCACAAAAUGUAACAUUUAGAACUGUCGAGGCGUCCCCGGCGCAGCAAAAUGAUAACCAAAUAGGUUUAUUUUAUACAAUGGAUAAAAAUUUGUCUAAAAAGUUGUUUGGCCAAGGUGGUUUGCCAAAGAGUUAUAUGAAACAGACAAAAACGUUUACAGAAACAAGUCUCAUGGUCCGGCAGCCGGCUCUUGAUGUUAUUGAAUGUAUAAAGUCAAGCGAUUUAAAUCAACCUGCAAUCAGAUAUGUACUAUAUGGUGAAAUGGGAACAGGCAAGACAUUGACACUGGCACAUCUCAUUCACUAUGCACAUGAUGAUGGCUUUUUAAUUGUACAUGUACCUGGUGUAUCACAAUGGCUAUGGAAGGUGCCUCGGCUGAAAGAGAUGUCCAACUCACAAACGCGAGAGGGAUUUGUUGAUCUUCCAUUAGAUGCUGCCGCCUGGCUCCUGCACUUCAAGAGCCAAAACCAAGUGCUAUUGAAAAAUGAAGAUUUAAAAAUAUCCAAGGAAUAUGUUUGGAGCAAACGUGAGACAACACCUGCAGGCGCCCCCCUUGCUGACCUGGUGGAGCAGGGCAUUGCGCGUGUUAAGUACGCCUGUGACGUCAUCGAUGCACUCGUCUACGAAAUAAAGCAGCUGUCAAAUAAUAACAAGUGUAAAACAUUUGUAGCAAUAGAUGGAUACAAUUGUUUCUUCUACCCACGGACUAGACUCAGCACUCCUACUAAGAAGGUUGUUAUGCCAGAAGAAGUUUCUCUCACAACCUCCUUUAUGGAAAUUACAAAGAAUGAUUGGAAAAAUGGUGUGAUUGUUGUGACAGUGGAGGAUAUAUCUGUACCACGAGACCAUCAAGAGAGCUAUUUGCCUAGAUAUUUGCUUUACAAAAAGGGAUUUGAACACUUGGAUCCAUUUGUUCCAGUAAAAGUUGAUAGGUAUUCAGAAAAAGAGUUCCUUACAUGUGCUAGUUACUACAGGGACCGACUGUGGCUGCGAGGGCCUGAACAACUUGAGAGUGAACUGAAGCUGGCCAGUGCUUGUAAUCCUUACAAAUUCAUGGAGCUCUGUGCACCACUGUAGAUAAUGUUGCCAUUAAAUAGUAUUUAUAGUU